AAUACAUGAUGACUAUGAUAGUAUAUAUUGGAAUAUUAACUAAUGUAGAAUUACCACUGUUUUUUGUUCCGUUCUCUACACGUCGCUUUGCUUUGUAAAUGCCCUUUAGGACGUGACGUCAGCCUUGUGUUUAUUAUGGGAUAUGCUUAUGAGCGACAUACGACACACAACGCGUGUUGCCUCUAUUGAAGGAGCGAAGGAAAAAAUGUGUGGUAUAUUGUGUGUGUAUUGAACUGGUCGACCAUGUGAGAGCUGAGCAGGCGAUAUUAUUGCUAUACAGAAAAAAAGAGGCACGAGCCUCCGCGCCAAGAUGUACUCGCUGCAUGUGUGCUCAACUGAGUUCUGUGUUACAAAAAAAGGCCAGAGCCCAAAGCAUUGAAACGUAUUGACGGGUUUAUUGUAAUUACAUAGAACUCUAUUACGACCACGGGAAGGAUCUGGAGAAGAUUUUAGUCCAAGAACUGCUCUGGGCUUGCUAAUAAGAGCACUUAGAGCUUAGCACUAACGAACACGAUAGAAUCAGACUUUGUAGACCACGAUUGGGUAGUUCCAGAAGCAAUGGAAGAAGAAGAACUACUAGACGGCGACCAGCAAGUUUUCGCAGCCGAAGAGUUAAAACAGAAGCGAGUGAGAAAGGGGAAAGUCGAAUACUUGGUAAAAUGGAAAGGAUGGACACCAAAACACAACACUUGGGAACCAGAAGAAAACAUCCUUGAUGAACGACUUGUCCGACUUUUCGAAUCCAGAAUUGAAAAGAAAACAUCUCCACAACAAGCACCAAAGCCGGGGAGAAAACCGGGAAGAAGAAAGUCGACUACCGAUGUCGUUGAAGUUCUCAGCAUGCCCAGAUCCCCUGGACGAUCGUCAGGACGACCUCCCAUGUUUCGCUCUCGGGGUCGUGGUCGUGGUAGAGGUAGAGGUCGAGGUCGUGGAAGUGCCAUUGUACUGGGUGGUGGUAAUCGUAUCAGCACUCUUGGACGCGGUCGAGGACGAGUGGGACGGAUUGGGCGAGGGCGUGGACGAGGAGGGCAUAACUUGAAGAGAACGGAGAGUCUUCCCGAAGGUGUUACAUCAUUCCCCGUGGUCGGACAGAGUCCUAGGGUCGACGUCAAUUCAAAUUCCACCUCGUUCUUCUUCAAAGACGAUAUGCUCAACACGAGUAAUAAUGAGGAUGGCGACGAUGAAGACGAGGAUGAAGUGGAUGGUGACGAGGAAGAGGAAAUAGAAGAGGAGUAUCCCCGUUUUGAUUCUGUAACCGAAACAGAGGAUGACAUCAUUAACCCUGAAUCACCUGCUAUUGAUGUCGAAUCUCUUACAACAGAUAUAAGCUCUUCUGUUUCGACUCAAGAAGUGGUUCCGAGCGAGGAUUUUACUCCAACUGUUCAACCUCCCCCGAAGAAGAUGGCUAGGAAAGCACCGAAAGAACCGUCAAAAGCCUCUGGUAAGAAAUCAAAAGAAGGUAAACGUGACUUUGAACACAAUUUGAGUGAGUUUGCCGCCAAGCCUAGCCCGCCCCCACUGCCAGCAUCAGCUAGCCUGUGGAAGCCCAGACAGUCGCUGUUGCCAGCGGGAGAGGUUCUCAUAACGGACGUUACUGCUUCCGAUGUUACCAUAACGGUCAGAGAAUGCUGCACCAGCCAAGGCUUUUUCCGGGAGCAGAAACCCAAAGUCGAAGGUACAUCCACCACAUCCGCUAAUGGCAAUGUCAAUUCGAAGGAUGCAUUGACGACUUCGUUGCCAGUAUCCACAACGAGUUCGACGACAAACAUCGACGGCGAAGUCACUACCCCAAGAGAUAGUCCUGACGUGGUGACGAGUAUGGACGUGGACGUUAAAUUGGAGAGCAAUGGCCCAUUGGAAGCCGACACACCCUCUUUUGAAAAUUCCUACACGUAAUUUUCACCAUUUUUCACCCGUUUGAAGAGGAUUUAAGGGACACGUGGGACACUACUAGAAAUUGCCUUCAACAUUUUUCUUGGAAUAUAGUUUGCGAGGGGAAAGAUGUAUGAUUUCAUUGAGAUACUGCUAAUGAACAUUCUGUGCUGAUUUAAUAAUCAUUCGUCUCACUCAUAGGAGCUCAGUGAUUUGUUAUGUUUUCCUACAUUGUGUUUUACUCUAGAGAAGGAUGCAUGAACAUGAUGAAUAAUGAUUGACAAAUAAUUUUCAAUUACUUAUUUAUUCACACUAUUGUGAAGGAAAGAAAGGAAUAAGGCCAGUCAUUUAAUGCAGAAAAGGAAUGUAUUUCAGGAAGAAUAUUUAAUUCAGAAUUAGUCACGUUAUUUCACGUCAUAAUCGAGAAGCCUCGGUGAAUUUACUUUAUGAAAGCAUGACUUAAAAAGAAUAAUGAUUGAUGACUCCAAUGAUUUUAGAAUUACUUCUCUAUAAAGUGAAGAUUUCCUCUGAACACGCGGAAAUUCAAAAUUUAAUUUGAUACUGGAGAUAUCAAGCAUUAAAUGUUCUUAUUUAUAUUUCUGUGUUUUAUUACUCAUAAUGAGAAUUCCAUUAGCGCUUUAAUAUCUGUUUAUUAAAAAAGUAUUGAGUUAAGUCAUGGAGAAAAGGCAGAACUUGUUCAACUUGAAAUGAAAUUGUAAUGCCAGAGAAAAGAGGCUUCCCAAAAUAUUACAAGGAUGUAAUAUAGGAAUUGUUUUCCUAUAAUUAGUUACCCAGAAUUUUCUGAAGGAAAGAAAAAUAAAAACUUAGUUCAUGAAGAUUAUUUUACAAAGAAUGUAUUUUCUUUUAGGAAAAUCAGUGAUUGAACACACUAAUACAAAAUAUGAACAGGGUUCCAUUACAAAUUACACGAUAUGUAUUUUUUUAUUUUAUGUUUUGGACUCAAACAACUCAUACCUUAUGGUCGAAUCAUAACCUUCAUCUUGAUUAAACCUGUUUUUAUUAAACUAGGAGAAUUUGGCCAACUCUCUUCCAUUCGCUCUGCCGGACAAACGCAUCCAAGCUUCAUGAUUUAUGAUUCGUCAUGAUUAUAAUUAUUCUAUGAAUUAACGAAAUAUGAAUUAAUGCAAAAUAUUAUACUCCGACUAAAAUGGUAAUAGUAAUAAUAAUAUAAACUAUGAAUAAUAACGAUAAUAGUAAUGAUAGUGACAUCAAUGAUGAUACUAGUUAUGAUGGUGGAAAUAGUGGUGAUAAUAAUAAUAAUAAUAAUAAUAAUGCAACAAGAAACACUAUGGUUACUGGGUGAUAUACGUGCAAUGUAUGAAACUUAAAUUUGAUAGAACAAUUUUAUUUAACGUUUGUGUCAAAAACCCCCUAAACAAAGGAAAUGUCGAAUUGUUUUCCCCAGUCGAAAGACAAAUAUGUUGUAUAGCGAUGACAUAAUGUACACAACUAUUUUUAGUAUUACGAUGUUAAUAUGAGAAAUUGAUCUUCAAGGUUUUUUAGUCAUCAUUUCACAUUAUACUACACAAUUAUUUGAUCGGCAUGCCCUUAUCAAAACUUAAUAGAAGUUGGGAUUUCACUCGAAUAAGUUUGGAUGUUGCAAAUGUUAACGUAUAUUUAUUUUCUUAUAUGUUUUCAUUUCAAAUCGUUGUGUAAUAAUUUCAUCUGGAUUCAGAAUUAGGUUUGCUCAAAGUAUAAUAUUCAGAAUCUAAUUUUAAAAAGCGUGAUAAAUAUUGAAGGAUUCAAAAUAAUACAGCAUAUGAAUAAGUCAUAAGCUUUACCAGAAUUCCACAAAAUCAUUGGGUUAUCAAAAUUAGCUAGCAGUUUAAUGCACAACACAUGUUAAAUAGAAAGAGUUCAAUAUUGAAUGUUUUCUCUUUCAAGAUUCGUGAAUAUAGGCAUACAUUUCAAUUUAAUUUAAUUUAUUUACAAACGUCGUUGUACUCACAGUUUCACAUUGGAGCGUAUCGUCUCAGAGCUGUAUUAACCUCAGUAUAACGCUUUAUGAAACACUACUAAAAAUAUUAUUAUGAACAGGUUUUUUGUAAGUUGUGAAACAGAGUUUUGCCUUUUUAACAGCAUUGUUCAAGUGUUAAUAUUCAUUGCGUAAGUGUUGAACAUUGCCGUUUGAAUUUUCAAAACAUUUCGUUUAAAUUUUUUUUAAACUCUAAAGAACAACAGUUUAAACUAGGCUUUGUUACUGCUGUGCACUUGGUUUUAGUAUGAUUUUUGUAACAAUUCCUGUUUUAACACGUCUAUUUGUGAUUCGAUUUAAGCAGUCAUUCAAAUAUCCACACAUGCAUGUUUAUGAUUUGGAACAAAGUUUUAUUGUCAGCAUUAAAUGUCUAUACAUGUGUCAAAUUCCCCAUGUACAAAACUCAAACAAUGCAGGAAAUAUUGUUUUAGUUUUGUUUUAGUUUAUAAUUACCUUCGCUAUACCCGACUCCCUAUAGUGCUUGAAGAAAAAAUGAAAAUGCCCUUCUUGUAAAAAUAUCAUAGUUGUAACUGCAAAAUCCCUGUCUGUUGUAUUUCAUGAACACUUGUCUUUUCCCCUUUAGGGACGCGACCCCCCCCCCCCCCGCGCCACCCAAACAUCGAAUCUCUGUUCAAUAAGGACGUCAUAAAGCACUUGUAUAUAUCGUCGGGAUUGACAAUGAAAUAUUGAUUCACCAAAUGUUAUGCAUAUUAUAACAGAAAAGGUGGUCUUUGAAAAUUGUUAUUUUUGAAAGGCUAACCAGACACGUAGAGAUUAUGAAGUGCAUUUAGACGUCCACACGAAAGAUGAUGAUUGAUUAAUAAUAUAUUUCAUUACACAUUUUCUACAGUAGAAUUACAAAGUAAGGAUAAAUAUAUGACAGAAUAAUGAAGUGAAUAGAUGCAUGAUGCUUCCAUUAAAAAUAUGAAAAUUUUAAAUUUUAGAGCAGCAAUCUGUUUUCUAUAGCAUGUAUAGGAAGACGAACAUUAAAAAUAUACAAAUAUGUUAAUACGUCGUUUGUAUAUUCCUUACAUAAGUGAACUUAGAAUAUUUUGAUAAGGUUCCGGGGUUAAAUGUCCAUGUAAUUUCUCAUUUUAUUGAUAAAUUCUCUUUUUUUUCAUAAAAAGAGAAUCUAUUAAUUGGAUAAAUGAAUUGAAACAGUCUAUUUGAAUAGAAGACAAAUCAAUAUAAUGUUCGACUAUAGCAUUGGUCUAUUCAGUUGGAAUGGAAGAAAGUUGAAUGAUAGAAGUUGUACUUAAAUUGGUAUAUGGGAAUGAAUACUGUUUGAAUGUGUUAAAAUAAUCUAGGUUAUUUGAACAAACCAAUCAUCCAUAAUUUUGAUUAUAUUGGUAAAAUCAACCAUUAUUUGAAAUAUCAAUUAGUUCAAGUAUAUGUAUAAUGCUUAAUUCAAAUGAAGCGAACCUCAAAAACUUCGACAAGUUUACUAAAUUCGAAUACUGUUGUACAAAUCUAAAUAAAGCAUAAUGAGUAUAGUGAUAUUUAUUUGACUGAAUUGACAAACUGGACGAGGUGCCAUCACCUAAUUUACAUUGUUUUAUUACUUUUCAUUUAUUUAUUAUGAGCUUAUACGUGCUACUCUUAAUGAAUGUUCUGUUCUUGCCUGGUUGGUAUGAAUUCCUUUGUUUAUUUUAAAAUUGUCAUGAAAUCUGAGGUAAACUUGUAGUUAUUUGCCCUAUUUUCUAUUAAUUCAGGUCGAGUCGUAUUAUGGAUUCUUUUCUUCAAUAUUUGAAUGAAAUAAAUUUUCAUUUUUUUUCUGGGAGGAUUCUUUACACUAUUUAUAUAUAUCAAGUCUUGUUCUAACACUUUUUUGUCAAAGUGAUUGACCCUUAAAGCCCAGUAUAUAAAUGUAUUAUUAUUAUUAUUAUUUGGUUUUAAGGUUUUUGUUUUAUAACCACAGCCCCCGCAGGCCCGCCCCUAUAUGCUGCUCUUUGUUGCCCAAGCCAUCCUCUAAUUAUGUUAAUACGACUAUUAUAGUUUUGCACUCUUCGUUAUAAUAAAUGUUUCAAACAUGCAAGAUUAUGUUGUAUAAUCACACCGAUGUCUAUAUUUUAUACAGGAUUUCUCCUUUGGUAAUUCAGAGAAUUAUAUUUGGCCAGAUUAAAUAUUUUGUUUCGGAGUAAAAUCA